AUGUCUCCUCCCAUGGUUUACUGCUACGUUCCCAAACCGGAGUUUCUCCUCCGACGCGCCAUAGACAAGAAUCUUGCUCAAUUCAAACGUGGAGACAUUAUGGGGGAGGCCUCGGCUAGAAAGAAAGCCAUCUGCGAUAUCAUUAAAGAAGUCGGUCUGACGGGCAAAGCUCGAAUGGAAUUUGUGAAUAUCGAAGAAGAUUGCUACAUGGCGAUAGCUUUGGGCCACAAUUAUAGCGUUGAUGGCGUGAAGGUUACUCGCGAUGACGUUGAACGCGUCAAGAUGGUCCUUGAAACAACCUGCGAUCCAAUCUGGCUGCCAAUCGCCGAGUGA